UAACUGACAGGCGUUAAGUUAGACAGAGUCGCUGGAGUACAGAGGGGACAACAUCACCUGAAUGUGGGACAGCACUCACAGCAUCAUAGGGAUUCAACAAGGACAAUUUUACAUGAUAUGUAUGCAACUGUAAAUAUAUUUUGAAGAUCAUGAAUGGGCAUACGCGGAGCGGAAGCUUCUCCGAAAACCUCAUCCUGGAGGAUGCAGAGAAAGGAGGUGUGGUCAUUAGCGACAUCAAAGAUGAGUCUUUUGCUGACAGAAGUGGGCUGAAGGAAGGAGAUGAAAUUGUUGCCGCCACCAUUCACUUUGACCACCUCAAAAAAAAUGAGGUGAUGCAGUUGUUGAAACUCAUUGAGCCAUAUGAUAAAAACAUCAAGGUUAUGACGAAACAAGAGCUGAAGUCCAGCUUGAGUCUGAAUUCAUUGGACAUCUGCACAAAAGCUCCUGAAGAUAUGCUCAAGGACUCAUACAGCAAAAUCUUCAGCAACAAGGUCAAGAAGUUCUUAAAGCAGGACUCAUCUCUGUCUGGUAAUGUUGGAAGUCCAGAUGUUAAAGUCAGUGACUUGAAUGGACAGCUGAAUGCCCCAAAGGCUGGACUGGACAUAGAAGGGCUGGAUGUGAAGGGUGACUUACAAAUUCCUACUGUAAAUGGGGAAUUGCCCAGCGUCAAUGCAAAAAUACCUGAGGUAGAGACUGGUGCCAGCUUCCAAUCUCCAAAUCUAAAAUCCUCAUCUCUGGACCUGGAUGUGCCAAAGGUCAGUCUGCAGGGUUCGAAUCCUGACAUCAGUUUGCCUGAUGUGACUGUAAACCCACCUGCAAUUGACACAAAUGCCCUCACUUUGCCAAAGGUGAGCGGAAAGGGGACAAAGUUCACAAUGCCAACUGCUGGAAUGACUGGACCGAAAAUUAAAGGAACUGACCUGGAUGGCACACUCAGGCCCCCUCAACUCAAUCUCUCAGGCCCAAAGCUGAAUGGUUCAGAGGUCAACUUAGACCCUAAGCUGCCAAGUGGAAAAAUAGAUUUGUCAGGCCCAGGGGGUGGCAUAACAGGACCAAAUAUGGACAUCAAAACGAAAUCAGCCUCUCUUGAUCUGGAAAAACCUGAACUGGACGCAAAAGGUCUAAAAUAUAAAGCUCCACGAUUUAAAAUGCCCAAUUUUAAUUUACCUGAAAUCAAACCCAAAACAUCAGAUGUGAAAGUCAAACUUCCAGAAGUGAAAGGUGAUAUCAAUAUGUCUGCUCCCAACCUGAAAGCAGAUAUUAACACUCCCCACAUAGAUGUAAAAGGCCCAAAUGCAGAUCUAAAAGGUCCAGAUCUGGACAUUGAAGCCCCUUCUGGGAAAUUCAAAUGGCCUACACUUAAGAAGCCCACAUUUGGACUUUCUGGACCAAAAAUCAAAGGACCAGAUGUUGACAUUGAUGCAGAUUUGAAGACACCAGACCUGAGUCUGUCAGCUCCGAAAAUUGAAGGAGAUCUCAAAGCACCAGAUGUGGACCUGAGUUUGCCCAAAGCUGACCUCAAAGGCCCUGAUCUUGAACUGGAAGCUCCUGAUGUUGACAUAGAUGCUCCUUCUGGGAAAUUCAAAUUCCCUAAAUUUAAGAAGCCCACAUUUGGACUUUCUGGACCAAAAAUCAAAGGACCAGACGUUGACAUUGAUGCAGAUCUGAAGACACCAGACCUGAGUCUGUCAGCUCCUAAAAUUGAAGGAGAUCUCAAAGCACCAGAUGUGGACCUGAGUUUGCCCAAAGCUGACCUCAAAGGCCCUGAUCUUGACCUGAAAGCUCCUGAUGUUGACAUAGAUGCUCCUUCUGGGAAAUUCAAAUGGCCUACAUUUAAGAAGCCCACAUUUGGACUUUCUGGACCAAAAAUCAAAGGACCAGAUGUUGACAUUGAUGCAGAUUUGAAGACACCAGACCUGAGUCUGUCAGCUCCAAAAAUUGAAGGAGAUCUCAAAGCACCAGAUGUGGACCUGAGUGUGCCCAAAGCUGAUCUCAAAGGCCCUGAUCUUGACCUGGAAGCUCCUGAUGUUGACAUAGAUGCUCCUUCUGGGAAAUUCAAAUGGCCUAAAUUUAAGAAGCCCACAUUUGGACUUUCUGGACCAAAAAUCAAAGGACCAGAUGUUGAUAUUGAUGCAGAUUUGAAAACACCAGACCUGAGUCUGUCAGCUCCGAAAAUUGAAGGGGAUCUCAAAGCACCAGAUGUGGACCUGAGCUUGCCCAAAGCUGACCUCAAAGGCCCUGAUCUUGACCUGAAAGCUCCUGAUGUUGACAUAGAUGCUCCCUCUGGGAAAAUCAAAUGGCCUACAUUUAAGAAGCCCACAUUUGGACUUUCUGGACCAAAAAUCAAAGGACCAGAUCUUGAUAUUGAUGCAGAUCUGAAAACACCAGACCUGAGUCUGUCAGCUCCCAAAAUUGAAGGAGAUCUCAAAGCACCAGAUGUGGACCUGAGUUUGCCCAAAGCUGACCUCAAAGGCCCUGAUCUUGACCUGAAAGCUCCUGAUGUUGACAUAGAUGCUCCCUCUGGAAAAUUCAAAUUCCCUAAAUUGAAGAAGCCCACAUUUGGACUUUCUGGACCAAAAAUCAAAGGACCAGACGUUGAUAUUGAUGCAGAUCUGAAGACACCAGACCUGAGUCUGUCAGCUCCAAAAAUUGAAGGAGAUCUCAACGCACCAGAUGUGAACCUGAGUUUGCCCAAAGCUGACCUCAAAGGCCCUGAUCUUGACCUGGAGGCUCCCAAAGUUGACAUUGAAGCUCCUUCUGGGAAAAUCAAAUGGCCUACAUUUAAGAAGCCCACAUUUGGACUUUCUGGACCAAAAAUCAAAGGACCAGAUGUUGACAUUGAUGCAGAUCUGAAGACACCAGACCUGAGUCUGUCAGCUCCCAAAAUUGAAGGAGAUCUCAAAGCACCAGAUGUGGGCCUGAGCUUGCCCAAAGCUGACCUCAAAGGCCCUGAUCUUGAACUGGAAGCGCCUGAUGUUGACAUAGAUGCUCCUUCUGGGAAAAUCAAAUGGCCUACAUUUAAGAAGCCCACAUUUGGACUUUCUGGACCAAAAAUCAAGGGACCAGACGUUGAUGUUGAUGCAGAUUUGAAGACACCAGACCUGAGUCUGUCAGCUCCCAAAAUUGAAGGAGAUCUCAAAGCACCAGAUAUGGACCUGAGUUUACCCAAAGCAGACCUCAAAGGCCCUGAUCUUGACCUGAAAGCUCCUGAUGUUGACAUAGAUACUCCUUCUGGGAAAUUCAAAUGGCCUAAAUUUAAGAAGCCCACAUUUGGACUUUCUGGACCAAAAAUCAAAGGAGCAGAUGUUGAUAUUGAUGCAGAUCUGAAGACACCAGACCUGAGCCUGUCAGCUCCUAAAAUUGAAGGUAAAAUUGAUGCUCCUAAACUAGAUGUAAAUAUACCUGAGGCUAAUGUAAAUGGCCCUGAUGUUGAUCUGAAGUCUCCUAAAAUUGAUCUUAAUGCAGGCGUGAAGACACCAGACCUGAAUCUCUCAGCCCCAGAGAUUUCAGGAGGACUCCAUACUCCAGACAUAAAUGUAACUUUGCCAAAGGCUGACCUCAAAAGUCCUGAUGUAGACCUUAAAGCACCAGAAGUUGAUCUUGAUGCUCCUUCAGGAAAGUUCAAAAUGCCCAAUUUUAAGAUGCCUAAAUUUGGUCUCUCAGGACCCAGAGUAAAAGGACCAAAACUUGACACUGAUCUGAAGACACCAGAUGUGAAUCUCUCUGCUCCCCAGAUUGAAGGAGAAAUCAAUGCUCCUGAUAUUGAUGUGAGCUUACCAAAAGCUGACCUCAAGGGGCCUGAAUUAGACCUGAAAGCUCCAGAUGUUGAUGUUGAUGCAACCCUGAAGACACCAGACCUUAAUCUCUCAGCCCCCAAGAUUGAGGGAGAACUCAAUGCUCCAGACAUAGAUGCCCCUUCAGGGAAAUUCAAAAUGCCAAAUUUUAAGAUGCCAAAGUUUGGUUUCUCAGGACCAAAAGUAAAAGGACCUGAUGUCAAUGCAGAUUUGAAAACACCUGACGUGGAUGUGUCUGUCCCAAAGAUUGAGGGUGGGCUCAGUGCUCCAGAUGUCAGUGCAAACCUACCAGAUGUGGACCUCAAAGUUCCCAAAGUAGACGUGACAACUCCAAAUGUGGACAUUGAUCCACCAUUAGGAAAGGUUACAAUGCCAUCUCUUGAAAAGCCAAAAUUCAGCAUUUCUGGCCCAAAGGUUACAAAACCAGAUCUUGACUUAGAUGCACAACUAAAGUCCCAAGAUCUUAGUCUCUCAUCACCUAAGAUUGAAGGAGAGCUUAGUGCUCCAGACAUCAAUGUAAAUAUUCCCAAAGCUGACCUCAAAGGCCCUGUUGUAGAUUUGAAAGCUCCAGAUGCUGAUAUUGAUGCAAACUUGAAGACACCAGAUCUUGACCUCACAGUCCCCAAGGUGGAGGGAGAACUCAAUGCUCCAGAUAUAGAUGCUCCUUCAGGGAAAUUCAAAAUGCCCAAUUUUAAGAUGCCUAAAUUUGGUCUCUCAGGACCCAGAGUAAAAGGACCAAAACUUGACGCUGAUCUGAAGACACCAGACGUGAAUCUCUCUGCUCCCCAGAUUGAAGGAGAAAUCAAUGCUCCUGAUAUUGAUGUGAGCUUACCAAAAGCUGACCUCAAGGGGCCUGAAUUAGACCUGAAAGCUCCAGAUGUUGAUGUUGAUGCAACCCUGAAGACACCAGACCUUAAUCUCUCAGCCCCCAAGAUUGAGGGAGAACUCAAUGCUCCAGACAUAGAUGCCCCUUCAGGGAAAUUCAAAAUGCCAACUUUUAAAACGCCAAAGUUUGGUCUCUCUGGACUGAAAGUAAAGGAACCAGAAGUUGAGGCAGAUUUGAAAACCCCAGAUCUGAAUGUCUCCACUCCUGAGAUGAAAGGAGAAAUUAAUGCUCCAGAUGUUGAUGUCAGUUUACCUAAAGUUGGCGUCAAAGGCCCUGAAUUAGACGUGAAAUCUCCUGAUGUUGAUGUAACGACUCCAUCAGGAAAAAUCAAAUUUCCAAAUCUUAAAUCCAAAUUUGGACUAUCAGGGCCAAAGGUGAAAGGACCAGACUUGGAUGUAGAUGCAGAUCUGAAAACACCUGACUUGAAUCUCUCAACUCCUAAAAUUGAAGGUCAAAUCAAUGCUCCAGACAUAGAUGUAAAUCUAUCCAAAACUGACCUCAGUGGCCCUGAUCUUGACCUUAAAGCUCCAGAUGCCAAAAUGCCAACACUUAAGUCCAAAUUUGGUCUCUCGGGACCAAGAGUGAAAGGAUCAAAACUCAACGUAGAUGCAGAUGUGAAGGCACCAGACGUGAGCCUCUCAGCCCCCAAGGUUGAGGGGGGCCUUGAUGUACCAGCUGUGGAUUUGAGUUUACCGAAAGCAGAAAUUGAUGGCACCAGUGUUGAUGUUGAACCCCCUGAUGCUGACAUAAACACAAAGGGAAAAUUCAAAUGGCCCUUCAAGUGGGCUUUUGGCUCAAAAGACAAAGACAUUGAUGUGGCUGCUGAAGAGCCAGAUAUCAGUGGAGCAGAAGGGGUGGCUGAGGCAGAUGCGGAUUUAGAUGAAGGAGAGGUGGAGGUACCAAUGUUCAAACUUCACAGACUGCCCAAAAUUAGUCUUGAUCAACCCCUGGGAUUAUUUAAUCUCAACAUUGACUCCCCAAAAGCAAACACUGACACAAAUGUGUCAGUACAAACACCAGAAGUUGGUCUGAAAACUCCAAACAUCAGUGCUGAUGUGGCGCAGGGACAACUGGAGACCCCAAAACUGGAGGGAAGCUUGAAGAGCCCAAAUCUUGACUCAAGUCUUGUGCAAUUGCAGUGA